GCAUUUACUGCCUGCCUGCUCCAGCACCGCUCCAGCCAUAUUGGGCUGGGGAAUAAAGCAGCUCUAAUGUUUUAUGUCACCUGCACAUAACCCGGGCGUUCGAAAAACCCACCCAACCACCACCAACCAACCACCAAAAUCCACACCAACACCAGGUCCUUCUCCAUACACUAAAAAAUAGCCUUCAAAAUGAGCCCGGAAGCCUGGCUCCCGCAGCCCACCUUGUUCCUCACUGGCCUCAGCUUGCUCCUCUCGCUGGAGCCUGGCCCCUUUCCUGCCCUGCUUGCAGACGGAGCGGAUUAGCCAGCGGAGCAGCCUUGACAUGCAUCCAGCUUGGCCACAGGGCUGGACUCAGGAGCACCUCAGGAAGAAGGUUUGAGAGCAAAGAGCAGCAGCCAAAGGGGAGAGCACCCACGGGACUGGGCAUGGAGGUCAUGGCUCCUGCCACCAUCAAUGCCCUGAAUGGCUCCUCUGUGAAGCUCUCCUGCACCUUCAACUCCUGCUACAAGGUGGAGAACAAGCAGUUCUCCCUCAACUGGACUUACCAGGAGUGCUCCAACUGCUCGGAGGAGCUGUUCCUGCAGUUCCGGACGAAGAUCAUGAACAAGCAGCUGGACCGCUUCGGGAACCGGGUGGAGUUCACCGGCAACCCCACCAAGUACGACGUCUCCUUCACCCUCAAGAACGUGCAGCUGGAGGACGAGGGCACCUACAACUGCUACGUCCUGAACCCCCCCGACCGGCAGCGGGGCCACGCCAGCAUCAGCCUCAAAGUGCUCACCAAAGAGCCCCCGAAGCACGACUCGACGGUGGCUGUCAUCGUGGGUGCCUCUGUGGGGGGCUUCUUGGCCGUGGUGAUCCUGGUGCUGAUGGUGGUGAAAUGUGUGCGCCGGAAAAAGCAGCAAAGGCUGAACACCGACGACCAGAAGACAGAGGAGGAAGGGAAGACAGAUGGUGAAGGCAACCCAGACGAGGGCACCAAGUAACAACCCCCCCUUGGCUGCUCCUCCCUGUUCACCCCUGUACAGCGUGACCCCCUCGAUGUGCUUCCCAGAGCAAGGAUUUCUGUCUCCCCAGAGCAUUCCUCCUUCCAUCCAAGUACCCAACCCACCUGGAGCAGGGCGCGGAGAGAAGGUGGCCCCCGGAGCCUGGCCGCAGCCGGCAGGGCUGGGGAAGGGUGGCUGAAACGCAUCGAGGCUGCCCCUUGAGGCUGAGCUGGGACCAGUUUGUCCCAGUGGGGUCAGGCAGCCCCGUGCCCAGGUGACCACACCCUGUCCCCGCUAGACAAAGAGAGCCAGGGGCCAGCAGCUUCUGCCCUCGGGGCCACGUCUCACCCCCGAGGCGUUCCUGCUGUGCCCAGAGCGUGGGUGCUGCUGUACCCAUCCCCAGGGAAUCCCCAAGAGCUGCCCUGUCUCCUCCUUGCCAAUCCUGUGUGCCAGUGCUGAGGGUGCUGUGACAAGAAGCUCAUGUUCCUCAGGGACUGUCCCAGCCGGCUCGGGAGCCGCUGGCCAGGCGGUGGCCACCAGUCCAUGUGUGCUGGCUCUGAGCUUGGCUGGGUGCUGGAGCUGCUGGGGGCUCCUGGGGCGUGAUGGAUGUAGCCCUUCUGCCUCUUAGGCUGGUUUUGGGCCUGAGCACUUCAGCCAAAGGUGCUGGGCUGACUUUUUUCUGUGCUGGUUUACCCUCCUGGGGAGGGUGAUGGGAAAUGGGAAACGUUCUGCUGUGCCAAUCCCAGGCAGUGGGGUUGGGGUGCAGCUGUUAGGGACAAAGAGCUGCUGGGAGCAAGAGGAGGUCUUGGGCACUAGCUGAGAAGAACUGGGCACAACUGAGGGUCCAGAGGCAGCUUUGUCACCUCUGCCAAGCCUGUCCCCUCCAGCCUCCCUGCAGAGCACUGCUCAGUCUGUAACUGCCAUGCAACGCACUGCCAGCCUGCCCAGCCACCCCAGCCCCUGCCCUGCCCUCGUUCCUGGUGAGCAGUGGCCUGGGCAGCUCAUGGGGUGCAAGUGUGAGCAGGCAGUGACCCCAGCUGGUCCCACCACGCUGCAGUGCAGGGGGAUGCAGUGAGCCCCAGGGCUGGCAGUUGGUGGUCCUGCCUGCACUGGGCUCACUGCCUGCCCUUGGGCAAGCCCCUUUGCCUCCUGUGCCAGACCUGGCAGCCGAGCUGUGCUGGCUGGAGCAUGCCAGGGGCUCACCCUGGAGCCUCUUGUGGGCCAGACAGGGAAAAUGACCCAGGGCAGUGCCCCCUGUCAGGCCCUGCCUGGGCUGUUCUUCCC